CAAAACUCACUGAAACAAGCAAUCGGGAACGCAGACAGGCUCAGACGUCCCUUAGGUCUUCCCAGUGUCUUUUUUUUUCUCUGCUGAUAUGUGGUGGAGGUCCUCUGCCCGGGGUUUGAAACGCGUCCUGUGGCCCGAGUUCCGCAGACAGUACGCCAUGCAGAGCGCACCGCAGGCGCUGGCCCGGGUCUACGUGACCCGCAGGGUGCCCCCUGACGGGCUGAGGAUCCUGAGGCAGUCUGGGCAGGUGCAGUUUGAGCUGUGGGACUCCGAUGACCCUGUGCCAAGGAAGGAGCUGCUGAAGAGGGUGGAAGGAGUGGAGGGGCUGCUCUGUGUGCUCACUGAGAAGAUCGACUCGGAGGUGCUAGAGGCCGCAGGGCCUAAUCUGAAAGUCGUGAGCACCAUGUCAGUGGGAUAUGACCACCUCUCCCUGCCAGAGCUCAAGAAGAGGGGGAUACGCGUGGGCUACACUCCGGACGUGCUGACGGACGCCGUGGCGGAGCUGACCGUCGCCCUGCUGCUCGCCACCUCGCGCCGGCUCAUCGAGGCUGUGGAGGAGGCCAAAACUGGAGGCUGGGGGACCUGGAGGACAAUGUGGCUGUGUGGCUAUGAGCUCAAUCAAAGCACUGUGGGAAUAAUGGGCCUGGGCAGGAUAGGGGUGGCCAUCGCCGAGCGCCUGAAGCCCUUUGGAGUCAAGAGGUUCAUCUACACGGAUGUGGCCCCAAGAACGGAGCUGGCCAGUAAGAUACAAGCAGAGUAUGUGACCAUGGAUGAGCUGGCGAGGGAGUCUGACUUCCUGGCAGUGUGCUGUGCUCUGACUCCCGAGACGCAGGGCAUUUGUAACCAUAGCCUCUUCUCCAAGAUGAAGAAGACGGCCGUGUUCAUCAACACCAGCAGAGGUCCCGUGGUGAAUCAGGAGGACCUGUACGAGGCCCUGUCCAGUGGACAGAUAGCUGCAGCCGGACUGGACGUCACCACCCCUGAGCCCCUGCCCCCUGACCACCCUCUGUUCAAACUGAAGAACUGCGUUAUCCUGCCCCACAUCGCCAGCGCCUCCUACACCACCCGAAACUCCAUGUCUGCUCUGGCGGCGAACAACCUGCUGGCUGGCCUGAAGGGGGAGCCCAUGCCCAAGGAACUGAAGCUGUAAACGCUGAGCAGGAAUGGCCAGGGCACCCUUGGCCUUAUGGGUAUUCGCUGUCUUCCCCAGACGCCUGACGAGGGUAGCUUUGGCCUCCUCUAUGGGUGCAUUUCUGAAAAGUGGCUCCUGGAGCUAGGUCAUAUUUUCCCCAAAAACCUAAUUUAACUGUUACCACAGGAUAUGUGCCAAUCAAUCAAUGGACAUAACUGUGUGGCACAGGACUGCCUUUAAUUACUGAGUGCAAUGACUAUGCAAAGCUCUUUGUCAGCCAACAUUUAACAGUUAUAAAAUGCAAUUAUGUCCCCACUGAAAUAAUAUUUUUGAUGCCCAAAGAUCUUACAUUUUUCGUAUCACAGUACAGGCAUAGGGGUUUGUAAAACACAUUACAUAUUGGUUGUGUUGUACUUUCUGCCGGAGGUAUUAAAGAUAGCUGUAUAAAUUACCUCUUCCUUUGCCUGGUUGACUGUAAUAUUCCAAAAGUCAAUAAACGUUUUCUUUAAAACAUU